AUGUCCGAGCCAAUUCUAGAAAAACAGAGGGCUCCGUCCCACGGCCCCGACUACAAAGCCCAGCUCGAUGAGAUUGCAGACCGAGAAAAAGGAACCCGGGAGGACCAAACCCAGGCACAGGAAUCGAGCGGCGCCAGUGGCGUGAUCAACAAAGCCGUGAGCAAGGUACUUGGGUCACAGGAGAAACCAGAGAGUAAAUCACCGCUGCCAAAGGACGUGCCGGGACCUCCAGACCGGCCAGCAAACGAUACCCAGGUUGAAGAGUUCCUGAAGGACCAGCACCGUAGCAGGAAGAUCCUGGGGAUAGAGGACCCGACGGAUACUGAUCCUACGGCGGAGUAG